AUGGCGUGCCUCGUUGCUCCAGGAGCUUUCCGUUGUGCCGCUGCUGUCUCUGUGUCCCGCUCAGCAGCCGCAACUGCAGCAGCAGCUGCUGCUGCAGCAGCAGCAACCCCUGCUGCAUCUGUUUUCCCUGAUCCCUUGAGUGGCCGCUCUGCUGUCGAUGAGGCGAUUUUUAGUCACGGCAAAGACAGCAGCAGCAUGCCACGAGCAGCAACAAAUGCAGCAGCAGCAGCUGCUGCUGCUGCUGCCCUUGCUGCGAUGGCAACAGGUACUUUAAGUCUGAACGCGGACGGAUCGUCCUCAACUUCAGCAGCUGCAGCAGCAGAUUCGCAUGCAGCAGCAGCUGACCUUAUGUCAAGGCGAAGGGAAUGCUUGCUGCAGGCCUUGGGCGCAGCUGUCGAAGCAGCUCGCUGCCCCACUACGGACAAAGGCUGCGUUGCGGCUGCACAGGCUAAGUGGAUCAGCAAAUGUGCUGCCAGCCGCUCCCAGGCACAGCAGCAGCAGGGGCAGCAGCAGCGGCUGCUUCGCCUACAACAGAAACAGCAGCCCCCGCUGCAGCAGCUGCCCAGCAGCAUCUCGUUUCCGAGUUUAAUAUAUGACGCCGCUUCUUAUGGCUUGGAUGCAGCACGGUCGGGCUUGGGGUGUAUGUACAGGGGUGGAGUGUUCGCCGCUUGCUCUCUUAAGUCUAUUAUGAAUUACAGCCAGCGGAAACAGUGGAUCCCUCUAGGCCCGAAGUGGAGCGCAAGACUCAAGAAAUAUAAUCUUGCUAUGAAGAGAGCCGAUGCUGGUGGUGGUGGGGACUGUUUGUUUUUGUCUGUGGCUUUGGGGCUGAGCGGCAGCGGAGGCAGAAGCUACGGCGUUCAGGAGCUGAGACGAGCAGCAGCAAACAAAGCAGCAGGGAUCGAUGGAUGUGACCCUAAUGCAGCGUUUGCUGAUGGCGAGGAGGAAAAGUUUAUGGAGCGCCUGGCGGUGUUGGCCUCCAUAGAAGAGGGCGGGGACUGGGAAGAGAGCUGGUCGCCCAUGUCAAUUUUACACAACAAAGAUAUCUACGUGACUGCUCAAGGGGACUGCUUCGACGUGUCAACGCCCCUUGGGAAGGCCAAGGCGCUCCACUAUGAGCUGCGGCUGCCCGGGAACAACCACUGGGGAACAUCUGCAGACAUCUGCGCACUGGAAGAUGCUCUUGACGUGGGCAUUGUAGUGAUGGACGACUCGACAGGGGGUAUUUACCCCACAGGGUGCGAAGAGAAGAAGCGAAGCAAAUAUAUGUUCAUUUAUUACGUUGUAAGCCUCACUGCCACUCCUUAG